UCCCCGCGGUGGCAGGUGCUGGUGGUGGGGGCUGCUGUCGCCGCCGUGCCACUCGUCUCCCGGCCCGCUCCGGUGGCAUUCGCGGCGGCGGAUGGCAAGUUCAUGCCGGUCAUCGACCGGAUGGCCGACUACUCCUUCGUCUACCCGUUCGGAUGGCAGGAGGUGUUUGUGCAAGGGCAGGACAAGGUGUACAAGGACGUGAUCGAGCCGUUGGAGAGCGUGAGCAUCAACAUGAUCGCCACCACCAAGGAAGACAUUCGAGACCUCGGCCCGCCCGACCAGGUCCCCGAGGCUUUGGUACGGAAAGUCCUAUCUCAGCCCACGCAGAAGACCAAGUUGAUCGAGGCAAAAGAGGUACAUAUAGAUGGAAGAGCUUACUACACUUUCGAGUUCACUGCUCAGGAUCCAAAUUUCACAAGACACGUGCUUGGCACAAUCACCAUAGCAAAUGGCAAAUUUUACACGCCGGCGACGGGUGCAAACGAGAGGAGAUGGGACAAGAUGAAGGACAGGCUUCAUACAAUCGUCGACUCCUUCAAAAUCGAAACAAAAGUUAAGAAGGCCAGACCCUCCCCUCGCGUCGCCCUCUCGAGGGCGACUCGGGGGCGACCAACCUCCCCGUCCGCCUCCUCCCCUUAUCGAUCUAUCCUCGCCGCCGCCGGAGACAGGCGCCGGGUCCCCCGCGCGGCCGCCGAUGAGGGUGGUGGCGAGGCCCUCGGCCGCGACGCCGCUCGGGCUCGGGCCUAG